AUGGGGAAGAAUAAGUAUGUGACCCCUUGUAUACCUUGCUUAUAACUAAACAUCAAAUCCAGUUCAAACGCUUAUUUCUAACAACACUCACCUUCAACUUCCUCCUCCUCCUCAUCCUCCUUCUUAACCUCCUCCUUGAACCCAAGAUUCUUCACACCUGCGACCCCCACUUUUGCGAGCCUUACCGCAAAUUCAAUUCACGACCAACUUACCACAGGUCCAUCUGCCACAGGUCUAUCUACAACGGGUCCACUCGCCUUAGGUCCAUCUACAACGGGUCCACUCGCCUUAGGUCCAUCUACAACGGGUCCACUCGCCUCUGGUACAUUAUACCACGCUCCAAACCCACCUAAUCAAGCAGGCCUAUGGUAUAUCAAGAAUGUAUUGGUACAUCUGCGUAUACUAAUCGUACAUAGUAUCAAGAAAAUCUACGCCACUUAUGAGCAGAUGUCGAGACCAAUCAAAACGUUGUAUCCAUGAAGCAUACCCGAACUUCCUCAAGAGUGCGAAAUUACACUCAUGAUAAUUAUAUUAUGUCAAAAGUUCGACCUCAUUUCACAUCCUCACACACAAACGCAAUACACCAAAGUUGCAAACAUACUGAAGAAAAGAGUUGAAAAAACCUCGAGUCCAGGACCUAAUCGCGAACAAAUUGUACAAUUGUGUACAACUACCUCAUAACAGAGCUCUAUCCAGCUAAUGAUGAUAAUCCCAAAGAAAACGUCCUCUUAAAUAAUCAUACUACCAAUAACACACCAGAUGUAUUAAUCAAACAAGACCCAGACCUACAUGCACACCUUCCACCCGGUACCAAUAUCUUUGCGCCCGGUACAAACUUUCCUGUGCCUGAUACAAACAGCAUUGCGCCUGAUACCAACGUCCUUCCAACCAAGCCAAAGGCAGCCGAAGUAAUCUCUGGAAAGAGAGCUCUGUAUGUACCUGAUUCUCUUCCUUUUCCCUUUUUUCUUUCUAGGAAUAACAUAAGAAAAUCAACUAAUAAAAAAAGACCUUAUAGUUCUGAUCACCUUUCUCCUCUAUCGAAGAAACCUAAACAACAUAUACCAGAGUCGGUUCGAAGCACUCGCGGAGACAAGAACAUUCAAAUCAUUGAGCUCCUUGAUGAUAGUGAUGAUAGUAUUAAGGCACUUGAAGGCGAGAAUAUGAAUUAUCUAAACAGGUUUGUCGAUAAUAUGUCCUUAUUCUUAUUACAUACUAAUAUAUUAUAGAAUUAGAUCACAAUUGAAUUUCUCGGGAACUCUAAGCCCAGCCAAACUAGCUUAA